GCCAAGACAACGCAGAGGCGACGCGCGCUGCAUGCUCUGUUGCUCUCGCAGGCAGAGCCGAGUGCAUUCUUCCGGCGGUCCGAGUGGCGGCGGCAGCGGUGGUCGGUGUGAUGUGCGCGCGAGUGCGAUAGGCGAGGUCGCGGCCACGGACGAGCUGCCAGGAGCGAGCGGAGCCGCUGUGCUGGGCGCGCGCGAGACAGGCCAGCCGAGAUGCUGGUGCCGGCGGAGAUGCUGACGGCCCAGUCGAAGAUGGUGUACCAGCUGAACAAGUACUUCGGCGAGCGCGUGAUGUCGCGCAAGUCGCAGAUCGCCAAGACCAUCCAGGAGGUGUGCCGCGUGGUGCAGGACGUGCUGAAGGAGGUGGAGGUGCAGGAGCCGCGCUUCAUCUCGUCGCUGACCGACUACAACGGGCGCUUCGAGGGCCUGGACGUCAUCUCGCCGACCGAGUUCGAGAUCGUGAUCUACCUGAACCAGAUGGGCGUGCUGAACUUCGUGGACGACGGCACGCUGCCGGGCUGCGCCGUGCUCAAGCUCAGCGACGGGCGCAAGCGCUCCAUGUCGCUCUGGGUGGAGUUCAUCACCGCCUCGGGCUACCUGUCGGCGCGCAAGAUCCGCUCGCGCUUCCAGACCCUGGUGGCGCAGGCCUGCGACAAGUGCGCCUACCGCGACUCGGUCAAGAUGAUCGCCGACACGACGGAGGUGAAGCUGCGCAUCCGCGAGCGCUUCGUGGUGCAGAUCACGCCGGCGUUCAAGUGCGCCGGCCUGUGGCCGCGCUCGGCCUCGCACUGGCCCAUCCCACACAUACCCUGGCCCCACCCGAACCUCGUGGCCGAGGUCAAGACCGAGGGCUUCGACAUGCUCAGCAAGGAGUGCAUCGGCCUGCAGGGCAAGCAAUCGGCCAUGGAGGGCGACGCCUGGGCGCUGUCCUUCCUGCACGCCGAGGACCGGCUGCUGCAGGGCGCGAGCAGGCGGCGCUGCCUCAGCAUCCUCAAGACUCUGCGCGACCGCCACCUCGACCUGCCCGGCAACCCCGUCACCAGCUACCACAUGAAAACGCUGCUGCUCUACGAGUGCGAGAAGCACCCGCACGAGGCCGAGUGGGACGACAUUUGCCUGGCCGACCGCAUCAACGGCAUCUUCCUGCAGCUCAUCUCCUGCCUGCAAUGCCGCAGGUGUCCGCACUACUUCCUGCCCAAUUUGGACUUGUUCAAGGGCAAGUCGCACAGUGGCCUGGAAAACGCGGCCAAGCAGGUCUGGAGACUGACGCGGGAGCUGCUCACCAACAGCUCGGCCCUCGAGACCUUGUAGUUUUCUUUACGGGGAACUUUCGUUCUGUGAUGCUCUGUGCGCGCCUUUCGGAGCCGCGCACGCCUGCGAUUGCUAUGCAAACUUACGUUUAAUUCCAUUUUAGUGCCAUAAAGCAAACGGAUAAUGAGAAAAAACGCUCCAAGGUUUCGCGUGUGUUAUGUUGCAGUGGAACUCCUUUUUGUUGUUGUUGUGUAGAUCGUUUUCAGCUCAGCUUGUGAAAUUAUAUUCGUUUAAGAAAUGAAGGCGCUCGACCAAUUCAUCGACUCACGGCUUCGUUUCAUGUUUUUGUUGUUGUUAGUGUAAUUUUAAAUGCGAAAGUGCGUACGAAUGAGUACGAAUUGAUCGAAAUUCGUGUGUGCGAGAGAGAGAGAGAGAGAGAGAGAGAAAGAGUGUAUCAUUUAAAAAAAAGCAUCUAUCGCGUUGACCCAUUGGCAUUUUUCUGAUCCUGACGAAUCAAACUCCCAACGAGCGACGAUUUCUUGAUGCGACGGCAAACGUGAAACAAUGGUAGGCGCCGCAUAAACGCCCGCGUUCUUUCGACAACACUGCCAAGACAUUUCCACGAUAGUAAGUUGCCGUACUGAAAUGUUAUCGCCACUAAAUAUUUGCAGCAAAUGUAUAGAUUGUAGUCAAGACACAUACUUUGUAAUACAUUGUAUCGAAGACAAUUCAUUUUCAUUAAUUCGACAAAAAAUCAUUUUCUUGUACACCCCGUCAUUUGCUUUUGUAUAUAUAUAUAUAUAUAUAUACAAGUAAUAUACGAGUAAAAAAUUAUUUAUUGAA